AUGUUUUUUGGGAAAAGAUCAUGUCUUCACUUCCCACGGCCAGCCACAAAUCAUCAAACAAUAAAGAAAGGAAGCCUGUUUUCAAGGAUCAGGCCUGUGACAAAAUCUAGUCUGAAUCUACCAUCGCUGGUCAAGUCUCAGAAGCUGAAACGCUGUGAUAAGAUGGAUGAGAUAAAUGAAGUAUUCCUAAAGCUCUCUAUGCUUCACAACAAUUUGCCUGAUCCACUGAGAGAUAUAUUGCUUCAAUGUGCAUGUGAAGAUCAACGAAAGUGUUAUAAGGUUUCCUUCUUUGACAAUUUCUCCAUGAAUUUGAUACCUAAAGAGGCAUAUUGUUCACCACCACCAAAUCAUAUGCCCCUAAGAAAAAGAAGGAUUUCUAACCAGAUUGCUAAUCAGCCUAGACCUUUUGGAGUCUAUAGACAAGAUAUGCCACUAGCAACUAUCAUUGCAAGAUGGAUACCAAAGACCAUGUCAUUUCAAUUUGACCACCAAUCAGCUAUUCAAGAACUUGAAACUUUUGGUGACAUUGAAUCCCUCAUCCCUUGUGGAAGACAAUCAGUCAUCGUCACAUUCAAAGAAAUCCGCUCUGCAUGCAAAGCAGUGAGUGCUUUCCCGCCUAAUGGGCCAAACAGGCAUCUCCAGUGCUUUUGGCAUCAUAAAUUCAUGUCAGACUACAACAUUCUAAAAGACAAAGAAAGAUGGUCAACAGCUGUCCCUCUACAUUACAAGUGAAAAGCAGAAAGAAGGCAAUUAGGACAAAUAAAAUCGGUCAUUCCAUAUCUUUCUGCCUCUAAUACUCAUUUCUCUCAGUAUAUGUUAAAACCAUCCACAGUACAAGCAAACCUUAUCAAUUUGAAUUAGUUUACUGUAUUUGUUUAAUGUCAA